AUGGAAUCCCGUCCAGACAUUGAUUCCCCUGCAGACAGCUCUGUUCUGCUUCCCAGUGGUCAACUAGUUUGUCGCCCGCAUCAACUGGUUGUCUGCAGCCUUUGCCGUACCGACCAUAUCCUCCCCGAUCAAACCCCCUCCCGCAGGAAUGGCAUGAAUAACCUUCCUAUCAGAUGCCUUGGCUACAUGCCAACGACAAGGCUGAUCCUCCCGGGAACCUUCGUGCCGCCAAAUCAAGAGGAUACACCGGACACUCUGUUCAAAGCCCUGCAUGUGAGUAUGACGCCGCCGAUAUGCCGCGUUGUGCGCAAGGGCUACAAUGCCCAACACCUGAUUUACACGGGUGGCUCAUGCCCUGGUCUUGGUUCACUAAACCCCAAAGCCGGCUGUGCAUAUGUGUUUGCUCCCGUGUUGCAACGAAUCGUGCGUCCCUACGCAUAUGUUUCCUUUCGACUAGAGAACAAGGGUCCGACAGAUGAAUGGCAUUCUCAAACAAAGGAACGCGCUGACCUUCGCGCGGUCAUUGGAGCACUGAGAUUCCGAUCCUGGAAGGGCAUGGAAGAAUGUUCAAGUCUAGUUAUCGCCACAGACUCCGGUUACGUCGUUGAAGGCAUUACAUCUCGUGUCAUUGAUUGGUUGAAUAACGGCUGGAGUACUCAAGUGAAUACCCCGGUGAAGAAUCAGGACCUGUGGAAAUAUUUGCUCAAGGAAUUAGAAAACGCAUGGCUCGCAAGCGGAAUGCGUGUUCAGUUCUGGCAGAUCACUCGAGAGCAAAACUGGGUGGCCAAGCGUGUGGCCAAAGAAGCUGUGAAUGAGCGUGGGGAAAUCGAUUUCAUUCACGACAUUGGUCCUCUGGCGGAACUUUAA